AUGUUUCCCAUAUGCUUGCGACCACACGCAUCAAGCAAGAGGUACCAACGAAAUGACGUGAAAAGGGACGACAAAAUUGUCAACAAUGACGUCUCCCGAACAUCCGAUCUUCUACAACUCGUGACACCUACAGGUACCGAGAUGUUCCCGCGAGCUUGUUCUCGCUCUACAUCCACGCGCAGUGCCUAUGGCCUCGCGCCCACCGCGCCAGCCACGUCCUCCAGGCCCACCCCCGCCAUGGGCGACGCCGGGGCCGUCUCCUGCCCAGUCCUAUUCGACCACGCCGUCCGGGUCGCAGUGGACAUCGCCAUCACCCCCAUCACUCUCCCCAACGAGCUAUCCGGAACGCCCGUUCCUGCUCCCGAACCAGGGCGCAGGGCACAACGUGUCGUUCCACGGGAUAGAGCAGGGUGAUCGACAGGCUCCGGUCCCUCUCGCCUCGUCGUCGUACCCCACCCUGCCUCACCGGGAAGGAGACCCUGAAAAGGGUAGCGCAGGUGCGGGAGCGGAUUUUAUCCGCAAGAAAUCACUCGUGCGGCCCGACCGCGAGAAGAUCGAACCGGGGCAUAGGCAAUGGCAUUAUCGUAACGCGGUGCAGGAGGAUGAGGACAAAAGCGGGGCGGGGAUGUGCGUUUUGCCGUCGACUACAGGAAACUACCCCCAGCGUGGCCCGCUUCGCAGGGGACGGUCACUCCUGGCGCGCGACCAGGAUGUGCAUGAAUCGGGACUGACGCUGUUCAAGCGUGGGACCCUCGGCCGUCGGCGGUCAUCCACGACGACCACGCAACCCUCGUCUCCAGCGAAACUAACGAAAGGACGAUUCAGCGGAACGGCAGCGUCGCCGUGGCUUUUCUACUGCCAGAUCCUCACGCUCCCGCUCGCCCCGUCCCUCCUGCGCACGUGCUUUGGACUGCGGACACCCGAACGACAACGCGCGUUCCGCGAAAAACUGGGUCUGCUGUCGCUGAUCCUCGUCGAGAUGGCUCUCGUAGGAUUCAUCACGUUUGGAUUCACCGAGGCUGUGUGCGGCCAGCCGCCCAACCGGUACCACGGCGGGAGAGUGGGCACCGACGGCAUCGGGGAGACGAGCGUGGUGGUCAAUGGCUGGGACUACGACUUCGGCGCGUUCCAUCACCCUGCGACGCCCGAUGGCGCGUUCGAUGGGACGGCGAACCCGGUCUUUGAGGGAAAUUGGGGUCUGGGUGGGAACGACGCGAGCUUCCUGUUCCAGAAGACCAACCAGAACUGUCUGGGCAUCGUCACGCGCCCCCCGUCGUCUCAGAUUCCAAGCUCUGGAGGUGGGGAGAGCAUGGACUGGUACUUUCCGUGCAAUGUGCGGAGUCAGUAUGGGGCUGCGAGACCGAAUAUGACUGGGGCGACGCAAGCGACGAAUUGCCAUGUCUCGAGCAAGGGACAGCUGGCGACGAUGAAGCCCAUGGGUGCUGUCUAUCUUACCUGGAGCGAUGUCCGGAAUACGAGUCGGAGGUUGGCUGUUUUCGAGAGCUCAGUACUCGACUUGGAACUUCUUGACUGGCUCGAUCCGACGCAGAUCACGGUGCCGGCGAUGUUCUCUCACCUCGCUCCACAAAACGAUCUUACGAUGCAGCUGAUGCGACUGAACGCCCGGGGUAUGGGCCAUUGUUUGCAAGACCUCAUCACAGUCGGGUUCAUCGACACGAAAUCAAUCGGCUGUGUAGCAUCUGAGGUUCUGCUCUACCUCUCGCUGAUCUUCAUCGUUGGUGUUGUUCUCAUCCGAUUCGGGAUGGCUGUUCUGUUCGGCUGGUUUGUCGCCCCGAAGAUUGGCGGAUUCCCUAGUGAAGGCAAGGAGGAGAGGUUGAGGAGAGCCGAAGAGAUUGAGGUGUGGAGUAAUGACAUUUACAAACCUGCCCCGAGCGGCAGACGGCCCACUGUCGAGAAGGGCGGGCUGAGACCUUACGGCAAGAAGAAAAACAAGACGCUCAUUCCUAGCACCUCGAGGUUCACAGUCACCGCCCCCAAGACACGCCCGAUGACGACAUACGACCAGCACGAGUACAGUUCUUCGUCUGUGGGGGCAGGCUCGUCCGCUGGUUCCUCGUCCUUCUUCCGGCCUGCGUUUUCCACCAGCCCCAGCCCGUCCACGCUGUCUCCGAACGUCAUUCCCCAACCCCCACCGGACUACGAGCCGUUCAACUUCCCGCUGGUGCAUACGAUCUGUCUCGUGACCGCGUACUCGGAAAGUGUCGAAGGACUGCGCACGACACUCGAUUCGCUCGCGACGACCGACUAUCCUAACAGCCAUAAACUCAUCGUGAUCAUCGCGGAUGGGAUGGUCAAAGGCGCAGGGAACGAGAUGACGACACCGGAUAUCUGUUUGCAAAUGAUGCGGGAUUUUGUUGUUCCUCCCGACCAGGUCGAGGCCCACUCCUACGUCGCCAUCGCCGACGGACACAAGCGGCACAACAUGGCGAAAGUCUUCGCGGGCUGGUACGCUUAUGACGAUCAGACGAUCGAACGUUCGAAGCAGCAGCGCUGCCCUAUCCUGCUAGUCGCGAAAGUGGGCAACCCGCUCGAGGCGCGCGAUGCCAAGCCGGGGAACCGCGGCAAGCGGGACUCGCAGAUCGUGCUGAUGUCGUUCCUGCAGAAGGUGAUGUUUGACGAGCGGAUGACUACGCUGGAGUACGAGCUGUUCAAUGCGCUGUGGAGCGUGACGGGCGUCAGUCCGGAUCGCUACGAGCUGGCGCUCUGCGUCGAUGCUGAUACCAAGGUGUUUCCCGAUUCGGUGACGCGGAUGGUCAGCUGCAUGGUUUCGGAUCAUGAGAUCAUGGGUCUCUGCGGAGAGACGAAAGUGGCGAACAAGGCUGAGACGUGGGUGACCAUGAUGCAGGUGUUCGAGUACUACAUCUCACACCACAUGACCAAGGCGUUUGAAUCCAUGUUCGGCGGUGUGACCUGUCUUCCGGGCUGUUUCAGCAUGUAUAGGAUCAAAGCGCCCAAAGGAUCGACGGGGUUCUGGGUGCCGAUCCUUGCCAACCCGGACAUUGUCUCACAUUACUCGGAAAACGUCGUCGACACCCUGCACAAGAAGAAUCUGCUGCUGUUGGGUGAAGAUCGAUAUCUCACGACACUGAUGCUCAAGACCUUCCCGAAGCGGAAGAACAUGUUCUGCCCGUCCGCGGUUUGCAAAACCGUGGUCCCCAACACUUUUGGUGUUCUGCUGUCUCAGCGGAGACGAUGGAUCAAUUCGACGAUCCACAAUCUGUUUGAGUUGGUCCUGGUGCGCGAUCUGUGUGGGACGUUCUGCUUCUCGAUGCAGUUCGUCGUUGGGAUGGAGCUUGCUGGGACGCUUGUGCUGCCGGCCGCGAUCUCCUUCACGCUGUAUCUUAUUAUCCAGUCGAUCGUUCCGGGCGGGCCGAAUACGACGAUUCCGCUCAUCCUGCUCGCGUUCGUGCUCGGGCUGCCGCUCGUUUUAAUCGUGAUAACGACGCGGAAAAUCGCGUAUGUGGGCUGGAUGCUGGUUUAUCUGUUCAGUCUACCGAUCUGGAACGGGAUUCUGCCUGCCUAUGCGUUUUGGCACUUUGAUGACUUUACGUGGGGUCAGACGAGGAUGGUGGACGGGGAGAAGGCGGAUGCAGAAGACGGGGAGAAGGAGGGCGAGUUUGAUUCGACGCAUAUCGUCAUGAAGCGGUGGGCUGAGUUUGAGAAGGAGAGACGGUGGAGGAAUGGAAUCGAUUCAGACGAGUACAAGCGCCAUUCCCUCGUGAGUGUGGAUGACUCGCCCUACCAAGCCUCGUCAGGGUCCAGCCAGAGCAACCGGCCUCCGUCAAGGCAGAAACACGACAACGCGCUGUUGAUGUUGCCCCCGCCCCUUGCUGUACCGAGGAGCACCACUUCCAGCGACGAGGGGAGGUCGACCCGCCGAUCUCGGCGACCCCGGCAUCGCGCGAGCCUGGAACCACCGCCGGCCGCUGUGCCCCGGCAUCGGCGUGCGAGCAUGGAAGUGCCCCUGAUGAGCCCGCCGCAGGCCCCGUACGCCGCUUCUCGGCCGGGGAGCAGCACGCCGCCGCGAGACGACUCGCCAUCUCCCAGCCGGGGAUUCGCGGGCGUCGGCGCUGGCGGGCGACGGCAUAACUGGUCCCCUAAUGGACAGGCUGCCAUGUACCCCGGGGCGAACUCGAAUUCGAAUCCGAAUCCGACUCCGAGGAGGUGGUCCCGGACUUCUCCCGGGUAUGAUGAUUGAUGUUGUGUGUGUGUAACGCUGUAGAUGUACUUGACUUGUGGACCCUGAAAUAUAUACUCACUUACUUAGAUGUACAUGUGACUGACUUUAUUACGCAUACUUAC